AAUAAUAUUCUUAUCGUUAUUUGGGUGUGGCUAAAAACAGUCAUAUAGAAAGUGAAAGCAGCUUAGCUCGACACAGUGUGUCCUUCACGCUUUGCUCGGUUGUAUUCCUCUCUUUGUCCAUGUGAAGAGCAUUUACGCGAGUCAGCAUGGCUUCAUUGAUUAUUAUGGUUUUUGCUGUAUUUUCUUUCUUCAUCACAGCUGUGACGCCCAGUGGAGAUUUUUGGACAUUGAACUGCCCAUCAUCUAUAGUUGCAAUUGCUGGUCAGACCACAGUUAUCAGCUGCAAUUUCAAAAAUAUCCAAGAAAUUAACAUAGUUGCAGUUGUUUUAAAAAAAGACAUGGAGGAGGACACAACUUUUCAAAUGUACAAGGGUGAAACUUCAGGAAAUCAACGCUUUAGUCUUAAAAACCAAAAAAUGGGUCCAUCGCUGCAAAUCUCUGAAACUAUGUUUUCAGAUGAGGGCAAAUAUCUAUACCGUGUUGUAACAGACAGAGGUGCAAAAGAGGUCCAACUUAGCAUCAGUAUCACAGCCAAGUAUAAAGAUCCCAUCACAAGUACAUGGCCUGAAAAAGUAACAGAAGGAGGACCUGUCGACCUUUACUGCAAUGCUACUGAUGGCUACCCAGCAGGCUUCAUCCACUGGUUUGACGGUUCUGGAACCAACUGGACCAUGAAUUCAGAGAUGAUAAAAACCAACAAAGACAGCAACAGUGUAAAAUCUGUGGCUUUGUCUAGCAAACUGACAUUCAAGACUAUCAACUUCGCCUUUGCACCAUUUACAUGCAUCGUCUUUAACAGCAAAUAUGUAGAAGAUGGAAAAAGCACACUGCAGAUUCAAUCUGCUAGAAGUGGCGAACAAAGUGAUUCUUCUGGAUCUAAUACAACAAACAUUGUUGCUGGUGUGAUGGUCAUCGGAUCGCUUAUUGUCGGCCUGCUGUUUGCUCUGUUGCUUUUCAGGAAAAAAAAAUAUAAUGGUAGACGACCUUCUGCCCAUCCUAUUCUAAGUUAUGAACAGGGAAAUACUGCUGAAGAUGAUGUGGAAAAUGGUGAAACAGUUCAGAGCACUGAAGCUUCUACUAUCAAGAGAUGAAACUGAAACUAUAAGCCCUGAUUUUCCUACUGAGGUCAGCACAGUCGCCAUUUGACUAAAACAAAAGUGAAGGCAUACAGAAAAUGGAAUCUGUUUCAGCGUUCUGUAGUAUGUGGGGCAAUAAUGACUAUAAGAUCACAGUACUUAAUGCUUAAUCAGUUAACUUCUUUUUACAUUUACAAUCAAAAGUGGUUUAUAAAUCAUGUACACUAAUACCUGUCAGAUAAUUACUACAUCAAUGUGAAAAAGAACUUUUUGGAGGUUUUCUGAAAAUUUAAGGAAAGAUUUUGCAAAAUGUUGUCGAUAUUAGUAUGAUUUAUGGCUGUCAAAGAUAAUGUGAAAUUUGUUAAAUACUGUAUGUCAGUGAUAUAUAACUGUAACCAGCUUAUACAACAAUAACCAUGCAAUAUUAUUACUAUUUCACUUUUGCUCUGCUUUCUUAAGUCUGGUUAGAAAUCAUAAAUCAUUAUUCAAGACUAUUUUACAAAUUUAACAAAAUGACAGCCAUAAUGUUCAGAAAUAUUAAAUAAUAUCUAAAUAUAUUUCUGUAAAAAUUGUUUUGUAUCUUUGUAAGAAGUUUAUCCUCACUACUGUCAAUUUUGGUUUUACUAACUGAGGGGUUUAUGGUAAUAUUUCUCUGUAAAGCAUCUUAGUAACAAUAUUCUUGCUUAUUAAGUAAGCGUUAUACAAAUACAUUUGAAUUCAAUUGAAAACACAGCAAAUAUUAAUAGCAUUAAUGCAAAAAAAUUUAUUUCACAUAAAGUUUUUUGUAAUUGUGUUUGCACUGCUGUCAUUGCAUCACUGGUCACUAACGCUUCACCUGAGUGGCAACUCUCAAAUAAAAAGUUAUAACUUCGUUUUUAAAUUCUGUUGCAGUGAUUGAUUUUU